AUGGAUCACUCAAGACGCUCAACUGGGAAAAAUGAGGCGUUGCACAUCGAUCCGGCGAGCAGAGGUGAAUCAUCGUUCUCCGUUCAUCGCAGCCAUUCCAGCGGACAUGAACCGUUUGCGCCAAGCCCGGGCUCUUCAAUCGGCGCGAGUGUUUCGAUGUUCUCGUCGCGCAACUCGGAGGCUGAGAUUGUGGAUCCAGAGGACUUUGAAGGUCCACGUACGAUCAUGAUCAACAUCGGGAUUGGUGACAUGCUGGCGGAUCGGGAUAUCCACUCGCGCUACCCGGAGUUCUACCAAUUCCUGCUCAACGAGCAGCCUUCAUGGUUCGAGCCGGCUCCAUACAAUGGCACAGUCUAUCGUGUGCACCAAACGACUCCACCGCCUGAGAACCAUCGGAAGCUGCGCAAGGACCUGACCUACGAGAUGCUAGAUCUCAUGUUCCGAUUUUAUCGGCAAAAGCACGUCAACGCUCAGCGCAAGCGCGAGAACAAGGAGCUCCUCGAAGCCAAUAAGCAACUCCGCAUUGCCGCGGUCCAGAUGUUCACCAAGGCCGAACAAGAAGAGGAAUACAUAUCCAACUCUCUUCUCAAGAAAAUCCAGCAGCUUAACCAGGACAAGGACUAUCUUGUUAAGAAGUAUCAGAAAGAUGAGGAGUCGCUGACCAAAUCUCUGAUGGCCAACGUCGCCAAGAUUCCAGACGUUCAUGCUGAUGAGGCAGCGGAGAAGCUCAUGGCUGAUAAGCAAGCGGAAAUCGAACGUCUCCGGACAUACUGCAGCCGUGCUGAGAAGAGCUACCAAGAAGAGCUGAUGCGCCUCCGCGCCGAGAAAGUAGACCACGAGAGUGCCCUGGAGCAGGAACAGGAGUUGCUCAUCAACACGCUUGGAAAGCGCAUGUCGCAGAUGAACGAGGAGAAGCGCAAGCUCCAACAGACUCUUGAGACCGCCUACAUCAAUGGAUUUGUCGACUAUGAUGACAACGUCGAGACUGCUCUCCGUGUGUCCACCACUCAGAAGCCACAAGCGCCAGCCGUCGUCGCUCAUCAACCAGUCGCAAGAGUCGUUGAGCAGCAACCAUCCAGCUCUCGCCAGCCGGUGAUCAAUGAAGCCACGCACUUGCAAAUCGAGAAUAAGAAGCUCGUAGGGCUGUGCAAUCAGGAGAAGCGUCGUGCAUUGGCCACGGAGGCUGAAGUCAAGAAAUUGAACCAGCGAAUGUCCAAAAUGGAGGCCAUGUUUGAGGCCAUCCGUGUUGAGGCUGUCCGCACUGACGGAUCACUUGCCUUGCGUCUCGCUGCAUUGAGCCAUGACAACGAAGAACAUCCAACGCGUGCUCCAGCCGACCGUCGUGCUCACGGAGGAUCCCCACCAACGGUUGUCGUUCAGCCAACCACCAGCCGCGCCGGAACCAGCAACUCUACCAACAACGAUCAUCCACACGUGCCAGUCGCUCCGAUCCUUGCCACUGUUCAUCCAACCCAGAGAACUGCUCCUGGAAGAAACGAUAAUCACCACUAG